CAUCAAACAUAGUCAAGUAACAUCGACUAAUACACCUACAAAAAAUAUCAAAAUCGGCUCAUCAGUUCGAACGCUAUGAUGCACACAGACUAACACACCAACCACGUACAACAACCCUACGUUUUCACAGAGGCUCAAAAUCAAGAAUAAAACUACAAAACUCAAAACAGAACUCGCUAUUUUUAUUAUUAUCGCCCAUUCAGGAAGCAAAGAUAAUGCAAUGUUACAUUAAACAGUUGCGGUGCCGGCGGCAACCCGCUUACAUGGUCCUCGUGCUUUUAAAAAUUGUGUUUUAAGUGAAAAUGAUAAGGAUAUUUAUUUAUUUUAUCAUUGGUUUGAAUUUUUGUACCAAUGCCCAGAACGUUACUAAUUAUGUGUUCACUCGGAAAAUGGCCCAAGCCUGCAAAGAGCACAUAUGCCAGGAUGGGUACAGUUACAACACAUUCUAUAGCGUCGACGAUGAGAAUAUGAAAGAGAUCACUAAGAACACAGAAAUGGCCUUCGAAAUGCAUUUGGGGAUACAAGCUGUUAAUAACGGACAUAUUCUUCUAUCACCUGUACCAAGACCGGGGGAUAGCGAUCCGGUUUAUGAAUUUGUUGUUGGUGGCGGUGGUAAUAAAUUCACUGAACUACGAAGGAAUUUGAAGAGGAAUGCCAAAAAAUCUGUUUUAACACCUAAAAUAUUAUCCAGUUUUGAAGCCAGAGGUUUCUAUAUUAAGAUACAGCAAGAUGGCCUGAUAGAAUUUGGGAGGGAAGGUGAAUCCCUGCCAUUGUUGAGCUACAUGGAUGUGAGUCCUCUACAGAUCAAAUACUUCAGUUUUGCCGCUUGGACUGGUGUUGAAGUAAAGUUUCUCUACGACUGCCCCGUGCCGGGCGCCAAUACCACAUCUGAUUCUCAAGAAAUUGAACGCCGUCUCUCACCUACCGAAGAGUUUAAGAGGUCUCGCUUACAGUACUUGCUUCCUUGGAUACCUCCAAAACCGCAAAUGGAUGUAACACUUGGCAUCAAAGUAACAAACGUGAAAUAUGAUCCUUUCCAAUCGAAACUCAUCACUUCAUUGUCAGUUGUUGUGAGCUGGACCGACGAAGGAAUGUCAUGGUUCCCAGGCAAAUACAACAUUUCAAGUGUUCUCAAAUUCCAUCAAGGGCAAAUAUGGAGUCCCAGAUUUUACAUUUUUAAUUCAGAUAACAUGGAUCCAUUCGAUGCUCGGAACACAGCUUUAAUAUCGAUGACUCACGACGGUGAAGCGACCUUCCAUUUCCAGUCUACGGUUUAUACUUGGUGCACUGACUCCUCGCCAGGAUUGAGCAAAUGGCCGCAUGAUGAGUAUGAGUGUUCCAUUGUUAUACAAGCAUGGGAAGCACACGAAAAGAUUUCCAUAGGAGUUAUUGAACCGAACUCUACAAAGAUGCAAGUUUUUGCAGGCGUUGACGACGUUACAGAAAACGAAUGGGAAGUGUCAACAAAACAAUUUAUAGUAAAACCAAAUCUAUGGAACCACUUUUACUCAACCGAUGACAACGAAACCCAUCAGAGCGAUAGAUAUAUCAUCGACGUUACUUUGAAGAGACAUGCUACAGCAUAUAAUGUUGUAUUUUAUACUCCAUUGCUAGUUCUGGUCUUAUUCGUGUUGAUGUCAUUUUGGAGCGAGCCUUUGGUUAUGGACAGGAUUUGGUUUCUCGCCGGUUGUUCUGUAGUAAUAUCCAUGGGUCUCUGUUACAUCGACUACUUAAUCCCAUCACAUACAUUGCCUUCCAUACUGGUCCUGUACACAAACGUAUUAUUCGGAGUGCUUCUAGCACUGCUAAUUCAAGCGUUCCUGAUGACGACUGCUGCGGAAAACAUAUCCAAAAUGGCGACAGUGCAAAGAGUUAUAAGAUCGAAUGUUGUCAGAAUAAUCUUCUGUCUACCUUACGUGGCAUCGUCUGCUAGCAAUGGAGGUUACUUCUCACAAGAAGAUGAAGAUCCCCAAGCAACUCCAAUAUCAAGAGAAAUAGAAGAAAUGGAGAGUGAGAACGAAGGGAAGAUGAAAGAAAAGAUGGAGUUAGCAGAAGUUAUUGACAGGAUUCUGUUUAUGACUUACACUAUUACGUUUGCUGCUAUGUUGGGGGCUCAUUUUUAGGAUAAUUCCAAGUUAAAUAUGUGACCUUCUACAUCUAAGUGAUAGUAAAUCCCCUGGAGAAAAAAACAUAAAUACAGGACUCAAUCACUCAAUCACUACUAAUUUCUUUGUCGGCAUCAAUGUUUGUAACAAAAUCUUUUCUUCUCGAUUCUGUUUAAACAAAAGAAGCUUAUGUUCACAUAAAAAAUAAUGUCUAUUACCAAACGAGGCGUAUUGCUUUUGAUUUAUUAUCCUUUUUUUAACUACCUUACCCGAUAUUUAGUUUAGGAUAUAGUUAAAAAAAUAUACAACAAGUUUAAAACUAGCUGCCCAAAUCUACAUCUAUCAAUCAACUAAAACUCCGCCUCAGCUGUAUUAGAAUACCCAAUUUGCAAAUACCAAUGAUCAUUUAUUACUUACAAACAUUUUUUUCUGCUAAACUAAGGCACAUGUUUUCUAGCGAAAGCAAACUACACCGAAGUCUAUUCUUUUUUUCCAAAUUUAUUCUUAAAAUAAGAAGAAAACAUAAGUAAAAAAAUACUAAGAAACCGUAGAUAAUAACUUAAAAAUAUAAGGUACGCAUAAGCCAAAAAUAUUCUAACAAACGCACAGCUAUGUAUAAUCCCAUAACAAUAAAAACGUAACAAAUUAGCUUUUAUUGUCGCAGUAA